AUGAAACUCAAGUUCAAAAACACCACCAACUCAAGUUCAAAAACACCACAAACUCAAAUUCAAAAAACACACAAAAUUAAGUUCAAAAACACCACAAACUCAAGUUCAAACACAACACAAACUAAAGUUCAAAAAACACACAAACUCAAGUUCAAAAACACCACAAACUCAAUUGCAAACACGACACAAACUCAAGUUCAACAAAAACCACAAACUCAAGUUCAAACACGAAACUCAAGUUCAAAAACACUACCAACUCAAGUUCAAAAAGACCACAAACUCAAGUUCAACAAACACACAAAAUCAAGUUAA